ACAAGUGGUGGUUUGUAGAUUAGAACAUAAACAACCUUGUUUUUUUAAUAAAAGUUCAAAAAAUGCAUUAUUUAAAAAAAGUGUAAAAUUUCCAAAAUAUUAUUGAAUAUGUUAAACAGGGUUUAAGUCAUUUUACAUAAUUUAAACAACAUUAAAAAAAAAAAAAAAAAACAAAGGCAAAAUGUCAGAUCAAAAAACUGAUGAUGACUUCGAUAUUGACAAAUAUUUUGACGAAUCUGAACCCGAGGAACAUUGGGAACUAAGAAGAAAGUUUUUAUUAGCGAAUAAAGGCAAAUAUCCAGAACCUUAUUUGAUAGCAUUAUCAAGAGUAUUUACUAAUGUAGAAUUUAUGGGAUGCAGUUACAACAAAGAAGUAAUGCAGAAAGUUGCACUAAUGUCAGAGGGUAUUGUAGAAUCGUAUAGACAAAACAAGAAAUUAAAAUUACAACGUACUUUUGUGAAAGCAUCAGAUGCAGCUGAAAGUCGUUAUACAGGAAAUAAACAACCACAUUCAACUAUUGGAACCAAAGAAGGGACAUCAAACAGUACAGACAAGAAUUAUUCAACUGCAUCCGAGUCAUCAUCAACAGAAUCACAAAACUAUGAUAAAUUGCUUGAAAAAGUUCGAAGUCAACCUGGUUUCCGAGGCCAACUUGUAAUACAGACAAAUUUAGUCGAUUUAAAUCCAUGGGCAAUUAUUCACAGAUGUAUAGUAGGACAAAUUAAAGGCAUUACACCUUGGAUUGAAAAAUUAUCUGAACCAACUGUGAAUGGUAAACAAAAAUUUAAGCUCUAUAUUGGCCAAGAAGAAAUAUGUACCGAAUAUGCCAUUAACGAAAAAGAUGCAAAACUGGUACUUGGCAAAAUAGCUUUAGAAAAAUUACAAACGACAUGUUUUACACUUGAGAGAAAACAAGCUCUUACAGAAAGUGGCGAAACAGUUGAAAAGGAAGAAAUAAAUGCUGAAGGAACAAGUGAAAGUUUAUUAAAAAGUGAUAAUGUUGGACUGAAAUUAAUGAAAAUGAUGGGAUGGGGUGGUAAAGGCCUGGGCAAAAAUGAACAUGGCCGAGAGGAUAAUGUAGAGGUUAGUGAUUGUGUAACUAGAAGAGGCUUAGGAUUUUCUUCAGAUAAUCCUCAAGAUAAUAAGAAGGUUAGAGCCAAACUUGAAAAUAUUCUUAGAGAAUAUAUUGCUUCUGGUAAUACAAAAAAUUUAGUAUUUUCCUCUGAUUUUACAAAUGAAGAAAGAAAAUUUAUACACCAGAAAGCCAGACGUUAUAAUUUAAAAACACGUAGUUAUGGAAAGAGAGGAAAAGAUGAUCGGCGUCUAGUAUUAUCGAGAAAUUUUACGAAUUGGGAAAUAGUUGAGCGGCUAUUAAAAUGUGGAUUAUCUGAUGAAUUACAUACUUUAAAAUUACCAUCUAAAACAAUAUCUGAUGAUAGGUUUAUGAAACGUUUGUAA